AUCGAGACUUGUCCAUUAUAAGGUCAAAAAGCAGAAACCCACCACAGUAUACACACUCAUAAUUCCACCCAUUAUCAAUAAACUAAUGUUUUUAUACAAAUUGCACUGAGGAAUAAAAUUCAGACAAAAGUUCUAACAUUAAAUGUUCCAAUUUAAAUGAAAUUUGCUUAGUGCUACUAUAGUCAAAGCAGACUCCUAUUUUUUAUUUUAUUUUCUUCUUCUUCUAUCUUCUGAAAGUGUGCCCGCACAAAAAUCCAGCGCACAAACAAUCUCAAAACAUUCUUUCUUGCGCUAGCUAAGAGCAGCUGCAGACAAAGGAGGUGAAUUCUCCCACAUCUCUCUCUCUCUCUCUGUCUAUCUCUUUCUCUUUCUGAAGUUAUCACUUGCUUUUCUUUCCUUUUCUUCUCAAUUUAUGGAUGCUGCUCCAUGGCCACAGGAUAUUAAAUUGAUAAAGCCCAUGGAAGAAAUAUCAUCUAACGCGUGCACGAGACCUGUGUUAGAGAAAAAAGUAAGACCUCAAGAGCAAUUGAAUUGUCCAAGAUGUAAUUCCACCAACACCAAGUUUUGUUACUACAACAAUUAUAGUCUCACUCAACCAAGAUACUUCUGCAAGACUUGUAGAAGGUACUGGACGGAGGGAGGAUCUCUUAGAACUGUUCCUGUUGGUGGAGGUUCUAGGAAGAACAAGAGAUCUACAUCAUCAACAGCAGCAGCAGCGGCAUCAUCAUCAUCAUCAUCAUCUGCUUCAUCUAAGCUCCCUGAUCUAAAUCCACCUAGCCUCUCACAGUUUCAUUCUCGAAACCCUAAGACCCACGAAGGCCAAGAUCUUAAUCUAGCGUUCCCAGCUAUUCGGGAAAGUCAAGGUAUAUCUCAUUUUGUCGAAGUACCCAAAACUGAAAACAACAACAAUCAACAUAACUCUUGUUCCUCUUCUUCUUCUUUCUAUGCUCCAUCUUCUCUUUCAGCUCUGGAGCUGCUAAGAACUGGAAUUGCUUCUAGGGGAUUGAAUUCUUUCAUUCCGACACCGAUGCCAGAUUCAAACACACUGUAUUCUUCUGGGUUUCCCAUGCAAGAAUUCAAGCCAACUAUUAGUUUUUCUGUUGAGGGGCUUGGUAGUAGAUAUGGGGUUCAAGAAAAUGGAGGAAGGAUUUUGUUCCCUUUUGGAGAGAUGAAACAGAUAUCAAGCGGAACCGAAGUCGAUCAAAAUAAGGGACAAGGGACUUCUUCCAGUGGAUAUUGGAAUGGAAUGUUUGGUGGAGGUGGAGGAUCAUGGUAAAGAAAGAAAGAAAGAUGAAAGACAAGGAGGCCAAGAAACUAUUUUAUCUCUUUUCUUUUCUUUUUUUUUUUUCACUUUUCCUUCACAUGGUCGGUCACUUGUUGAAAGUUGUUCAGGACUAACAGAUAGCAUUCUUCUCUUUACUGUUUUGAGCAGUGUAAAAAUUAUUGAAGCUCAUUUGGUUUGGCUUCAGAAGGGUUUCCUUUACACAUUAAAAAUGGUCUGAAGGAUGGAAGAAGAUGUUAAUAUAAGUCUGCGUUUUCCCAUGGCGGGAUGCACUGUAUUCAUAAAUUCUUCUAUCAGGACAGUGUUUGUAUUAGUUUCCAGAGUUGGCUCUCUGUUUUAUUUUGUGUGUGCAUUGCGAGACUGAGAUUUCGAGAUUAUUAAUGUCAAAGUUCGAUCAACAUUAUUAAUCUA